CCGCAGUGCAGCUACAGCAGUAGCAGUCGUCGUCGCAGAAUUUCAACCCUGGGGCCCCAUCUACAUCGAAAGCAGUCAGCAGAUCACAGCCCACUGAUGACAGCAGUCUGCACGAGAGAACUCACGGGAGCAUGCACGAGUGCACUCACGGAAGCAUGCAUGAAGACACUCACGAAGGAGGAAGCAUGCGCGAAUGCACUCACGAAAACUUACACGGAAGCACGCAUGGAAGCACUCACAAAGGAGGAAGCAUGCACGAAGGCACUCAUGAAAGCAUGCGCGAAUGCACUCGCAAAGGAGGAAGCAUGUACGAAGGAUCGCACACUCUACGAUGUACUAGGACACCUUCACCGAAGCGAAGGAACAGAACCAGACGUUCACUGGAUCAUCGCAGAUCCUCCUCCUCUGACACGGACAACCAACAGGAGCAUUCAAGAAGGUCUCCACGCAGGUCUCCACGCAGAUCUCCACGUAGGUUUCCACGCAGAUCGCCACGCAGGAAAGAAUCAGAGUGGCAACCAUCUCCUGAACGAGAAACCUCUAAAUCCGAAGAUGACGGAGGAAUUAUAUUUUCCGACACAGAAACGCUACUGGAAGAAUUGGGGAAUUCUUCAGGAUGAUUACGUAUCCCAGAUCCUAGGUAGAGGAUACAAGAUACAACUGCAAGCAGUUCCACCAUUGACAAGCAACUCUCUGGCCCACAACUAUGCUGCCGACCAGAGGGAGAACUUACUCGACGCCAUCACAACUCUACUCAAGAAGGAGGCGAUCGAAGAAAUAUAACAGAAAUUCAUCACACCCGGGUUUUACUCCCCAAUCUUCUUAGUACCAAAGAAAAAAUUCUAACGAAAAGUUCCGACUUAUAUACAACAUGAGGAAAUUCAACCAAGAUUAUCAACUGUGACAACUCAUACGUCCAUUAGACUACCAUAGAUCUACAGGAUGCAUAUUUUCACAUCCCGAUAUAUCUGGACACAGGAAAUAUCAAAAGAUAGGAUCUCAACUAAUAGAUCUGUUUGCUACAAGGUUCAACAAACAAAUACUAACAUUUGCCUCUCCGAUUCCGGAUCCACAAGCAUGGGCAACAGACACUCUAAGCAUCCCAUGGGAAGGAAUAAACGCAUAUGCGUUUCCACCUUUAACUCUAAUACCGCAGGUAUUGCAGAAAAUCAAGCAGACAAAGAACCUGCAACUGAUUUUGGUCGCGCCCUACUGGCCAGCGUGGGUAUGGUUUCCCAUCCUCAUUCAUGAACUUGGAAAUCCAACCCUACAACUUCCACAGUGGCCGAACCUACUAAUUCAUCUGCACACCAAGCAAGCACACGGCAACCCAACAGUACUUCAGCUACACGCAUGGAACGUAUCAAAACUUGCUUGAGCAGAGCAGCGAACACAGUCACACUAGCUCUACUUAGAUCAACUCGCAGCUUGUAUGACGACAAGUGGCCAAGCUUUGAGAAAUACGCCUUAAAGAAGGGUUUCACGGCAAUGGAAGCUACACAUCCACAAGUGGCGGUAUAUCUUUGUCAUCUAAGACAAACAAGAUGGCUAAAAGGUUCAACACUAUCUAACAUACCUAGCGGCCCUCAGUACAGUUAUCACUAUGAAGACAAGUGUGAAACUGACUAAAGUACCAGAGAUACUAGCU